UUCCAGUUUAUAAUUUGGUUUCCACCAAAGUCUUCCUCUUCCCAGUGGUCUUCGCAACCAGUAACCCUUUUCUGCUGUGAGCAGACUGUUUUCAACGGGAAGAUUGGAAAGCAUGCGAUCCUUCGGUUAUACUUCAUUCUCAAUCAAUGUCCCUUGAACAAUCAGUGUCCGCUGCGUCAUAUCAAAGCCGACCGAACAGUCGUGUGCAAACAUUGGCUACGCGGUCUGUGCAAAAAAGGAGAUGAUUGUGAAUUUUUGCACGAGUACGAUAUGACCAAAAUGCCCGAGUGUUAUUUCUUUUCCAAAUUCGGUGAAUGCAUGAACAAAGAGUGCCCAUUUUUGCACAUUGACCCGGCAACCAAAGUGCAAGAUUGUCCUUGGUACGAUCGUGGUUUUUGUCGAAAUGGUAAGGCAAAGUGGCGUACUCGCACGAUAAAUCCCGGGCAUUGUAGCAAAGCUGUCUACCACCAAAUUAAGAUGGCGAUGGUGGGGCUCGAACCUCAAACCACAGGACUAAACCACUGUGCCACCACCACCCCUAAUUUAGAGUAG